AUGCUCAAGUCCUUACUCUUCGCCUCGCUCGCUGUAGGCGUAUCGGCUCUUCCUACAGCAGAGUAUCACGCCAACCUCAAUGUCAAACUCUCGAUAGCCAGCGGCCUCUUGCGCGCUCCUACAGAUGGCCGCAUUGUGUUGAUGUUUGCCCCUAACGGGACCGAUCCUCUCGACGACACGGAUGUCACCUCAUCGCCCAACAAGAUUUUUGGAAAAAAUGUCUACGGCUUUGGUGCAAACAAAACCGUCAUAUUCACAGGCGGAAGCAAUGGCACCGCCGCAACGGAUGUGUUUGGCUGGCCAAACGUUAGUAUGAACGAUAUCGAUCCAGGCACCUACAGUGUGCAAGCCUUCCUCACCAGAUACGAGACAGUGACGCGCAGCGAUGGAUCCAAAGUCAGCCUCCGUUUUCCAUGUGGUGAUGGUGCGCCCAACGUAAAUGGCUAUGGGAGCUUAACCACGCCAGUUACGGAUAUCAAAAUCUCCGGGGGCAUGCAAACUCUCGAGUUGACUUUUAACAACAUCACCGCCGUUCCCAAUUUCGAUGGAAAUGAGAUUGGCGGAUGUCACCAAGGCAACUACGCAGACACGGACUUUAUAAAGUACAUCAAGAUUCGCAGCAAGAAGCUGAGCAAGUUCUGGGGCCGCGACAUGUACGUUGGUGCUAAUGUCGUGCUGCCCGCUGGCUACAACGGAAACGACACCAAGACGCGGUAUCCUGUCAUCUAUAACCAAGGUCAUUGGACUGAUGAUCUAGGCGCCUAUGGCUAUGGCAGUAGCAAAAAGAAGGAUUUCACAGCGGCAUGGAACGCCGGCAUUGUUCCUGCUAUCAACACCACGGCCGCACGCCCGGUACCCAAGUUCAUCACCGUUACCUUCCGCCACGAAACACCGUAUUACGAUGACUCGUAUGCUGUCAAUACCGCGAACCUAGGACCUUACGGCGAUGCCAUCAACGAGGAGCUUAUCCCCUACAUUGAGGAGCAUUUCCGCACCAUUCGCGCACCCUAUGCACGCAUCCAGGACGGAGGGUCUACCGGAGGAUGGGGGUCUAUUGCCAAUGUCAUUUACCGCCCAGACCUCUUUGGCGCCUGCUUCUCUUCCUACCCCGAUUCGCUCGACUUCCACCGCCAUCAGGAUAUCGAGCUGUACAGUGCCGCAAACGCGUACCAGCGCGCAGACGGCAGCUUCGUCCCCAGCAUCCGGACGCAUGAGAAUGGUACCGAGGUUAUCCUGGCCACAGUUGCACAGGAAAAUCACUGGGAACUUACUUUUGGCACCGCGUCCCGUUCCUUCAACCAGUGGGACAUUUGGAACGCCGUCUUCGGCGUGCAGGGCUACAACAACUAUCCUCUGGAGCCCUGGGAUAAGGUCACGGGCGAGAUUUAUCCUGAAGCCGUCGAGUACUGGAAGCCCUUUGAUCUCAGUCACUACGUCGUGACCAACUUCAACUCAUCGCGUAAACUCGGCACGGCACUGGCUGGCCGUAUCUUUAUCUACGUGGGGACAUGGGACAACUACUUCCUCAAUGAGGGUGUCGUGGAGUUCCAGAAGCGCACCGGUGCUGUUGGAGGUGCUGGCUGGGCCAACGUGACUAUUCUGCCCGAGAAGCCGCAUGGUGGAAACUACCAAGACCGCGAUAUCUGGAGCUACCUCGAGUUGGUGGAGAAAUGGGUUCAAGAUCAUGCUCCUGACGGCCCCAAGCCGCUCUGUGCUGCUUGUACCGCGCCUUCUACCCGGGGUAAUGUCUGGGAAGAUGUCAUCAAAUACGGUGGUCGUCGGGCCGCUGUCGCACGUCAAGCAGACCCGAAGAUUGACGCAAACGAGGCCAAGGUAGACCAGGAAGUAGCUGGGAGCGUGGGCCGCUGGGAUCCAGGUGUCAAGCUUACCGCGCAGUGGGUUUUGAACAGUAAGCCUGUUGGCAAAGCAUCUAGCGUCGAGCAGGGCGCAACGGUCAAGUAUGCACCCACGACCAAGGGCCAUGUCCAACUGCUUGUGACGGGUGAGAAGAGGAACUAUGUGACUGAGACGAGGAAGAGCCAGCGUGUGCUUGUCGGACGGUGA